AUGGCCUACGAGCCUAGGGGAGAGCCCCAGGGGGAUCGGGCUGGGGGGCAGGAUGGCGCGUUUGUUAGAGCUCCUAGAGGUCGCCGACCCGUCACCGACUACAGUGCUACUGUAACUCACUGGCUACGAAACAGAGCUCCCAACUACAAAGGGCCGUAUACAGGCGAGUCUGAGCGGCCCAGCGCAAGCUACAUCGUUGAUAUGAUUCCGCCAAUUGGCCGACCAACACGAUCUGUUGAUAGUAUCCCUACUAAGCAUCUUCAUUCCUCACUAAACAAAAUCAAGCAUCCUAUCAACGUGGUUCGAUGGACGCCCCAAGGCCGCAGGUUGCUAACCGCUUCCACCAGCGGUGAGUUCACGCUGUGGAACGGCACUGGAUUCAACUUCGAGACUAUUAUGCAGGCUCAUGACUCGGCCAUCCGGGCGUUGGAGUACUCACACAGCGACGAAUGGCUCAUCUCAGGAGACCACGAUGGUGUCAUCAAGUACUGGUUACCGAACUUCAACAACGUCGAAAACAUCAACGCUCAUUCUGACCCAAUCCGUGACAUGGCUUUCAGUCCACAGGACAAUAAGUUUGUCACCGCGUCAGACGACUCAACUCUGAAGAUUUUUGACUUCACGAGGGGUGAAAUGGAAUCAAAGCUGGAAGGCCACGGCUGGGAUGCCAAGAGUGUAGACUGGCACAGCCGUCUGGGUCUCAUCGUGUCCGGAUCCAAGGAUCACUUGGUGAAGUUGUGGGACCCACGGUCAAAGAACUGUCUUACAACCCUGCAUGGGCACAAGAGCACCGUCACCAAGGUUCUCUUCGAGAAGGUCCAAGGCCACUGCUUGGCCACUUCGGCCAGAGAUCAGACAGCCAGAAUUUUCGACCUCAGAAUCAUGCGAGAUAUUUGCUUGCUCAAGGGGCACGAAAAGGACAUUUCUACUCUGACUUGGCAUCCUGUGCAUGCUAACCUCCUGACGACUGGCGGCAUGGAUGGCUCCGUCUUCCACUACCUCUUGGAUACGCCAAACCCUCCCGCUGGCCACCCCCUUACAGUCUCUCCCUGGGAUAGCCCAGACCCUGCCUCUACUCCAGCCCAAUCCGUGUGGCCGAUGCACAAAGUACCAUAUGCCCAUGACUAUGCGGUGUGGUCUCUAGACUGGCAUCCCAUGGGCCAUAUCCUCGCUUCAGGUUCCAAUGACCGCAUAACUCGGUUCUGGACACGAGCUCGUCCUGGAGACUCAGAGGUUUCCCAGGAUAGGUAUCACAUCGGCGAGGCUGCCGCAGAGGCACAGGGAACUUGGGAUCGCCGCGGAAAUCGCAAGCAGAGACAGGAGGAGGAACAGCAAGAGCUGGAAGACGAGGCCGAUGCCCUCGUCGACCAAGAUGCUCGCCCCUCCGCCCCUCCAGGCCUCUCCAGCAUCCCCGGCCUGCUGCCCGGUCUGGGUGGUGUCCCUGGCCUCGGAGGUGCAAAUGGCGUGCCUCCCCCUCCUCUGCCUGGGAUGGGUGCCGGUCCAGGCGCUCCCCCCAUCCCACCACCUCUCUUCCCCCUCAAUGGUGCACCUCUACCACCACCUCCAGGCUUCGACCCAAGCAACCCGCCUGAUGCGGCCAAGAUCUUCGAGAUGAUGAGAGAUGCCGGCAUUUCUAUCCCACCCGAUUUCAAACCACCCCCGGGAGGAGUCCCCCCGCCCGGCAACUUUCCUUUCCCACCACCGCCGCCACCCCCUCCCGGUGCGGCUGGAGACGCUGGGCGAAGGGCACCACUGCCCAGCCAGGAGGACAGUCUACGUUCUGAACAGAGGCAGGGAAGGUAUACUCGAAUUAGGUAG